AUGUCUGUCGUUGGUAUUGAUUUCGGCACACUGCACAGCAAGAUCGGUGUUGCCAGGCACCGUGGUAUCGAUAUCAUCACUAAUGAAGUCUCCAAUCGCGCUACACCAUCGUUGGUAGCGUUUGGACCGAAACAACGAGCCAUCGGUGAAUCUGCAAAGACGCAGGAGACGUCCAACUUCAAAAAUACGAUUGGAUCGCUGAAACGACUUAUCGGAAGGACACUGAACGAUCCAGAUGUUGAGGCAGAGAAAAAGUUUCUGAAUGCAAAGUUGAUCGAUCUCAAUGGCCAGGUUGGCACACAGGUCAACUACAUCGGCGAGCCCCACACCUUCACAGCAACCCAGCUCACCGCGAUGUAUCUUGCUAAACUGCGCGAUAUCGCCGCCGCCGAGCUUAAAACGGGCGUCACCGAUGUGGUGAUCGCCAUUCCGGGCUGGUUCACCGAUAUCCAAAGACGCGCGCUUCUCGAUGCCGCAUCGAUUGCCAACCUCAACGUCCUCCGCCUCAUCAACGACUCCACCGCCACCGCCCUCGGCUACGGCAUCACCAAAUCCGAUCUCCCAGAAUCCGACAACCCCAAGCACGUCUGCUUCGUCGAUGUCGGGCACUCCAGUCUUUCCGUGACCAUAGUAGCUUUCUCCAAAGGCCAACUCAUCGUUAAGAGCUCUGCGUAUGACCGCCAUCUCGGCGGCCGUGACAUCGAUUUCGCGCUUGUGCGCCAUUUCGCGGAGGAGUUUAAGUCGAAGUACAAGAUCGACGUGAUGUCGAAUCCGAAGGCGACCUUCCGUCUCACCGCGGGGUGUGAGAAGCUAAAGAAGGUGUUGUCGGCAAAUGCGGAGGCCCCAUUGAGCGUCGAGUCGAUUAUGAACGACAUUGAUGCGUCGAGCAAGUUGACCAGGGACCAGAUGGAGAGUCUGAUCAGCGAGGUGUUAGACCGUAUCGUCGCGCCUGUUCAACAGGCGUUUAAAGACUCUGAGCUCACGCUCGACCAAAUCGACGCCAUCGAGCUUAUCGGAGGAUCCACUCGUGUACCAGCCGUCCGUGCGCGUAUCCAAGAAGCCUUCCCCGGGAAAGUGCUCUCUACAACGCUCAACCAGGACGAAGCUAUUGCUCGUGGCGCCACGUUCGCUUGCGCGAUGCUCUCCCCCGUGUUCCGUGUCCGGGACUUCCAUGUCCACGACGUGACAUACUACCCCAUCAAAGUGCAAUGGGAACCCGUACCCACGGAUCCAGACGACGACACCGAGCUCGUCGUGUACCCCAAGGGCAACGGCAUACCCUCCACGAAAGUCCUCACCUUCUACCGCAAAGAGCCAUUCGACAUCGAGGCCAAGUAUGCGGAGCCAGAGAAUCUCCCUGGAGGAAUCAACCCCUGGAUCUCGCGCUUCAGCGCAAAGGAGGUCCCCGCCGACCCCAAAGGCGACGUCACUUGUGUGAAGCUGAAGACAAAGCUGAACAUUCAUGGGAUUACAUCGUUUGAGAACGCGUAUGUGGAGGAGAUUGAGGAGAAGGAAGAGGCACCGGCAGCGCCUAUGGAUGUGGAUCCCCCCGCCGAUGGCGCACCUGCCGUUCCCCCGAAGAAGAAGAAGAUCGUGAAGAAGAAGGAGAUCAAGUUCGUCACCGGGACAUCGAGCUUGGACAAGUCAAUACUCGAGCAGUAUAGGGAGCAGGAAGCACAGAUGUACGCCGCUGACAAGCUUGUGCAAGAUACCGAGGAUUGCAAGAACGCGCUGGAGGAGUAUGUUUACGACAUGCGGGGCAAGCUAGAUGAUCGGUACGCCGCGUUCAACCAGCCGCAAGAGAAGCAGAAGCUCCUCGCGGCCUUGCAGGAAGCCGAGGAGUGGUUGUACAGCGAGGAGGGCGAAGACGCCACCAAAUCAGCGUACGUCACCCGCCUCGAUGCCCUCAAGGUCAUCGGCGAUCCCAUCAGCAACCGCUACCGCCAAAACGAAGACCGCCCGCGCUUCAUCUCCCAGCUCCGCGAAACCCUCAACCUCUACAUGUCCCAAGCAACCUCUGCUGACGAGAAGUAUGCCCACAUCGAUGCGAAGGAUAAGCAGAGUGUCGUGGAGAAGGUCGCGACCGUGCAGAAGUGGCUCGAUGACCAGGUGGCGAGGCAGGCGGAGCGCCCGAAGAACGUGGAUCCUGCAUUGACGAGCGAGGAAAUUCAGAAGAAGAGGGACGAAGUCAUCUAUUUCGCUACGCCAAUUAUGACGAGGCCGAAGCCCAAGGUGGUCCCAACACCCGGAACGGACACCCCGAAGAACAGUGGGACCGAGACACCCAAAAAUGACGGGAACGCGACACCGGAGCCACCAAAGGCUGAGCCUUCGAAUAUGGAUGUUGAUUGA